AGUUGCGAUACUGACUUGAAGGCACCAUGUUGGAGCUCGUGAGAAAUAUAAAGUCUGUUUUUAAGAUUCACCGAAUUUAUAUCGAUAAUACUGUAUUCAGGCUGCAUUAUUUAUUCACAGUUUUUAUCUUGUUAGCAUUCUGCAUUAUAGUAACGACGAGACAAUACGUAGGAGAACCAAUAACUUGCAUACAAAGUGAUGAAAUUUCGGAUACUAUGAUGAAUACAUAUUGCUGGAUACAUACAACACAUUCCAUCCCUCGAGCUUUCUAUAAAGAAGUUGGUAAAGACGUACCAUAUCCUGGAGUUGAUUCGGUACAAGAUGAGAAGGAGUUUCGUUAUCACAAAUAUUAUCAGUGGGUAUGUUUUGUGUUAUUUCUGCAAGCUGCACUGUUUUACAUGCCGAGAUGGGCAUGGAAAGUAAUGGAAAAUGGAAAAAUGGAGUCGAUAUCAAAACAUUUAGACUUUGUAAUAUGUGCCAACGAAAAUGAAAUAUUGAAGAAGAAGAAGUUAUUAAUUGAUUAUAUAGUCAAUAAUGCGCAUCAACAUCAACACGAUUGGUAUGCUUAUAAGUAUUUUUCGUGCGAAUUAGCCGCUUUUAUCAACGUGAUAGGUCAAAUGUUUCUCAUGGAUAGAUUCUUCGAUGGUGAGUUUUUAAAUUAUGGUUUAGAAGUAUUACAAUUUGCCGAAUUGGAUCAGAAAGAUCGAACUGAUCCAAUGAUUCGGAUCUUUCCAAGAAUGACAAAAUGUCGUUUUCAUAAAUAUGGCCAUUCUGGUAAUGUAGAACUCCACGAUGCCCUUUGCAUCUUGCCACUUAAUAUAAUUAAUGAGAAAAUAUAUAUUUUCUUAUGGUUUUGGUUUAUUAUACUUGCUGUUUUAACUGGAUUUGUUUUGUUAUUCAGAAUUGCGCUGAUAGUUUGCCCGUUUUUGCGAAUUUACAUGUUUAAUGCUAAAUAUCGUAUUUUGCGAAUACAGCAUGUCCAUACCAUAGUUCGUCAUGGAUCUAUCGGCGAUUGGUUCCUAAUAUAUUUGUUAGGUCAAAACAUUGAUAUAUUACUAUUUCGAGAAAUUGUGGCUGAUUUGGCUACAAAUAUUGUAACUGAACCGAAAGAAAUAACAGUAAAUGCAUAAAUUUGUUUAUAUUUUAUUUUAUUUGUAAUAAUUAUAACUUUAUUAUGCUUAAAACUAAAUAUUUUGU